CCUCUCUUUACACGGACAGCCUCCGGCCCGGCUGGUUGCUGGUGCUGUGAGCUUUGUUUUGAAUAGAAAACUGCUUCUCAGCUGAUUUUCGACGGGAUGGCGGAGGAGCCAGACACUCCGGUUUCCUCACGGACGGAGAGGAAAGCUUUGGAAAAGGCCAAAAUACUGCAACGGGAGAGCGAGAGGAAGAUAUUCAGACUGGUUGGACGGGUCCUGAAGAAACCGGAGGCCGAGCGGUCGGAGGAGGAGGCGGGUGUGCUGCUACUGCACAGAGACACCGUGGAGGAGCUCAACAAGAGACAAGUCCGCCGGAAUGUGCUGAAGAGGAAGCAGGAGGAGGUGUUUGACGAUGCUGAAGAACUGAAAAGUAAAGUCAGGCAGCUCGCUGUUGCAGUCAAGCAAGCAAAUCACCUGGUGAUUUACACUGGAGCUGGUAUCAGCACGGCAGCUUCUAUCCCAGACUACAGAGGUCCUAACGGGGUGUGGACGCAGCUGCAGAAGGGACGGAGUGUUAGUUCAUCAGACCUGAGCAAAGCAGUGCCAACCUUCACACACAUGUGCAUUAGGACGCUUCAUAAAGAAAAGCUGGUGAAGCAUGUCGUGUCUCAAAACUGUGAUGGACUUCACCUGCGUAGCGGCCUACCCAGACACGCUCUGUCUGAGCUGCAUGGAAACAUGUUUAUCGAGGUGUGUACGUCUUGUUCACCUGUCAGGGAGUACGUGCGCUUAUUUGACGUGACGGAGCGGACGUCGCUGCACCGCCACACGACAGGACGCAGGUGCAGCCAUUGUGGCGGCGAACUGAGAGACACCAUAGUGCACUUCGGGGAACGUGGGACUCUGGAACAACCUCUCAACUGGAAAGGAGCUGCAGAGGCUGCUAAGAUGGCAGAUGUUAUCGUCUGCUUAGGCUCCAGUCUGAAGGUGCUGAAGAAAUAUGCUUGUCUGUGGUGCAUGAACAGACCAGCCAGCAAAAGGCCCAAACUCUAUAUUGUCAACCUCCAGUGGACACCAAAAGAUGAUCUGGCUCUGCUAAAGAUUAAUGGCAAAUGUGACGAUGUCAUGAGCCUCCUCAUGCAGGAGCUGAACAUUCAGAUUCCUGCGUACAACAGGGCCGACGACCCCAUCUUCUGUCUGGCUUCACCUCUUGGACCUGAGGAGGUGAAAAGUCACACUCGUGAGGUCUUAGCGCCCCCUACAGGUCAAGAGGACGGUUCCGCUGAGCCCGAGAAGCAGACAGAAGUCACAUCAGUGCAGGGUGGCUGGUUCGGACGAGGCUAUGGCAAAGGAAUGAAGAAGAAGAAAAAAGCUGCAUAGUUGUGGAAACUUCAUGGAUUCUGUACAUUCUGGCCAGUUACUACCCAUGAGGUAUUCGAACAUCAAUCUCAUGACGAGAACACAUUUGACUGUCAGCUUUAAGGUGCUGUUGAUCAAUAUGUUGGUAUGUCUGUCUGAAUGCAGUGUGUGUGGAGGAAAAACUACGACUGGGUAUUUGCUAUUUGAAGAUGGCACUUUGCAUCAUGAAUUUCUUAUUCUGUACAAAAUCAAGUAACAGCAGGGUUUAAAUGUGGCUUUCGUUAUCCAACUCCUGUUCUGAGCUAGCUGGGUUAGUCAGAGUCCCAUUUUAUUCUAGUGCAGCUAGCGUAGCAUUAUGAAACCAUUGAAUUCCAAUACUGAAAGUCUUAAAGAGUGGCAGAAAGUACAUUUCCGUGUCAGAAGCACAACUCUUAUAAGCUUUAAUCACGUAAGAAUAGACAGUUAAAGUGACACACUUUGGAAACACUCCUGCAUCAUGAGUUUUGCUGCUGUCCCUUUCUAUAUGUGGUGUAACUCGACACAGAAUCAUGUUUUUGUAGCCAUAGUUUACUGGUGGCAACUCUUCCUCAUAAGGUCAGAUCUUUUGUGGAAUACCACUUUAAACACAGUUUCAUGGAUUUUUGCCGAGCUGGUAAUGGGUGCAUUUCAGUAACUAAAUUAAUGUACAACAUUCUGCUGGUUUGAGCAUCAGCUAGAUGGAAAAUAUUCAACAUAAUAUUAUUAUAUGCUGGUGUCUAAAGGGUAAAUUGAUAUAUUUAUAUUCAUGGUAAAUGGUAUCAUUCAUUGGAAUGAGUAGUAAAUGCUGGCACAAACACGGCAGCAUACCAAUAGCCAUUUUUUUUGUAUUUUGUGCUUCGAGUCUUUGAACAUUUUCUAUGUGUAUGGCUGAGAGGAAAAUAUAUUUUUGUAGUGCUUUUUUCACAUGUUCAGAACUUGUGUUUUUGAAUGUACCUUUUUGAAACAAGGCUUAUUGGUUUUGUUCAUUUUGAGGUAUUUUGGUAAAUUAUUUCCUGAACUCACAUUUGUCCUUCGCUCUGCUGUAACCCAUCCUCAGGUCUGCAGGCUCUGUAGUACAGCCGCUACUGUAUCUUGGUUUACUGAAGUUGUUGGAUUUCUUUCAUGUUUACAUUUCUGUCUCAUUUUGUUUACAGCAGUGUAGGAAGGAAAGCUUGAGUUUUGAUUAAUGACUCAAUCUUUGGAAGAUUGAAAGUAUUUGAAAGAUUAUAUCAUCUUAAGUUACUGUUUACUGAAGUGAUUGGAAACAACCGGAUUAGUUGUUUAUUAAUUUGUCUCAGGUAUUGUCUCGUAGUAUUAAUAAUCACUUCAUGUACCAUAAAGUGUCAGGAGUUUUAAAGUGACAGACUAGUCAUGAUAAGCUAGUGCUCAGCAUUCCUACAACUCAAACCAGUGCUAAAACAGAAUGUGAAAACGUCUUUGUUUUUGAUGUAUUUUGCAAAAGAACUGAUAUAUUUGUGACACAAUAAAUGAUCAUACUAUUCA